GACAGCUGAAAAGUGAAGCAUUAUCAAAAGCUGUGUGAGACUGUCAGGGAGAAACUUUAUAUAGUAAUUCUCCUUCUGAGCCUGGGAAGCCGUGCAUCACAUUAGUUACAAGGGAAAGAGAGAAGAAAUGCUCAAGUAACUGAGACCUGAAAUUGCACAAAUCAGUACAUAUAUUUGAAUAACUACAUACAGUGUUUAGAAAUCUGCAUUCACAAUGGAUGAUGGAUACAGAAACACAAACCUCUAUCAAGGGGGCAGGGAGACAAACCAAGUGUCAGAUGAUUACAGGUACCAGGAUGGUAACUACGAGGGGUACGCACCCAAUGAUGGCUACUACCGUGGUGGGGAUGAGCCCACUCAUGAAGAAGAUGCCCAGAGUGAUGUUACAGAAGGCCAUGAUGAAGAUGAUGAGGUCUAUGAGGGGGAGUACCAAGGAAUCCCACACCCAGAUGACAUUAAGGCCAAGCAGAAGAAGCGAGCUCCUGCCAUGGAUGAUGAGUACAGAGACCGUGCUGACCUUAUGGCAGAGAGGAUGGAGGAUGAGGAGCAGCUUGCCCACCAGUAUGAAAACAUCAUUGAGGAGUGUGGCCACGGACGCUUCCAGUGGACCCUCUUCUUUGUUUUAGGGUUGGCACUGAUGGCAGAUGGGGUGGAGCUGUUUGUGGUUGGAUUUGUUCUGCCCAGUGCUGAGAAGGACAUGUGCUUAUCCAGUUCAAACAAAGGCAUGCUAGGCCUGAUAGUCUACUUGGGAAUGAUGGUGGGGGCUGUCAUGCUGGGUGGCCUCGCUGAUAAACUGGGAAGAAAGAAAUGCCUCAUCAUAUCACUUGCAAUCAAUGCUGCCUUCGCCUUCCUGUCCUCUUUUGUCCAGGGAUACGGAUUCUUCCUUUUCUGCCGCCUUAUCUCAGGCCUCGGUAUUGGGGGAUCCCUCCCCAUCGUGUUUGCCUAUUUCUCUGAAUUCCUGUCUCGUGAGAAGAGGGGUGAGCACCUGAGCUGGCUGUGCAUGUUCUGGAUGAUCGGUGGCAUUUUUGCUUCAGCAAUGGCUUGGAGCAUCAUCCCACAUUACGGCUGGGGGUUCAGUAUGGGAACCAAGUACCACUUCCACAGCUGGAGAGUCUUUGUUCUGGUCUGCUCCCUGCCCUGUAUCGCCUCCUUGGUAGCACUGAAGUUCAUGCCUGAAAGCCCGCGGUUCUUGCUGGAGAUGGGUAAGCAUGAUGAAGCCUGGAUGAUCCUCAAGCAAGUUCAUGACACCAACAUGCGGGCCAAGGGUGAGCCAGAGAGAGUGUUUACGGUUUCUUAUAUCAAAACUCCAAAGCAAGUUGAUGAAUUCAUUGAAAUUCAGAGCUCAACAGGGACUUGGUACCAGCGGUGGCUGGUCAGAAUCACAACCACCUUCAAACAGGUCUGGGACAACGUGCUAUAUUGUUUAACAGCCCAGUACAGGAUGAACACGCUGAUGCUGGCUGUGGUUUGGUUUACUAUGGCCUUAAGUUACUAUGGCCUUAUUGUCUGGUUCCCUGACAUGAUCCGCUAUCUCCAAGAAGAGGCCUAUGAGUCCCGAGUGAAGGUCUUUGAUGAGGAAGAAGUGUCACACUUCACCUUUAAUUUCACCCUGGAGAACCAGAUCCAUAGAAACGGGGAAUACAGAAAUGAUAAAUUUAUUGGCAUGAAAUUCAAGGAAGUGAGAUUUGAGGAUUCGCUGUUUGAAGAGUGCCACUUUGAGGACGUGACAUCCAGCGAAACCUUCUUUGAAAACUGCACCAUCAUCUCUACUGUCUUUUACAACACUGAUCUCUAUGAACACAAAUUCAUCAACUGCAGGCUGAUAAACACCACGUUCAUGGAGGAGAAGGAAGGCUGCCAUCUGGAUUUUGAGGAGGACAAUGAUUUCUUGAUCUACUUAGUCAGCUUCCUUGGCAGCCUGUCUGUGCUGCCGGGAAACAUCAUCUCUGCACUGCUUAUGGACAAAAUAGGGAGGAUAAAGAUGAUUGGUGGCUCAAUGCUGAUCUCUGCAGUGUGCUGCUUCUUUCUAUUUUUUGGCAACAGCGAAUCGGCGAUGAUCGGCUGGCAGUGCCUCUUCUGCGGCGCCAGCAUCGCCGCCUGGAACGCCCUGGAUGUGAUCACUGUAGAGCUCUACCCCACGGAUAAAAGGGCAACAGCCUUUGGCAUCCUCAAUGGGCUUUGCAAGUUUGGUGCCAUCCUGGGGAACUCAAUCUUUGCCUCCUUUGUAGGGAUAACCAAGGUGGUUCCCAUCCUUCUGGCUUCCUCUGCUCUGGUUGGAGGCGGCCUGCUCGCUUUGCGCCUCCCAGAGACUCGAGACCAGGUCCUGAUGUGAGCAGCUGAG